CCGGAAGACCGUCCCAGAUGGCCUCGGGGGUGGCCUGAGUGUGAAUCUGAUCUCAGGGGCUGCUCGCUUUUCCGCGCCGGCUGUUCGCCUUAUGCCGCGGGCUGCGGCCGCCUGCCUCCGCUGGGAUCGGCGGCGCUGAGGCGCCGGGGCAACGUGCGACAUGUCUUCGGGCCUCCGCGCUGCCGACUUCCCCCGUUGGAAGCGCCACAUUGCGGAGGAGCUGAGGCGCCGGGACCGGCUGCAGAGGCAGUCGUUCGAGGAGAUCAUCCUGCAGUAUAACAAGUUACUGGAAAAGUCAGACCUUCAUUCAGUGUUGGCCCAGAAACUACAAGCUGAAAAGCACGAUGUACCAAACAGGCAUGAAAUAAGUCCUGGACAUGAUGGCUCAUGGAAUGACAGUCAACUACAAGAAAUGGCUCAACUGAGGAUUAAACACCAGGAAGAACUAACGGAAUUGCACAAGAAACGUGGGGAGUUAGCUCAGUUGGUGAUUGACCUGAACAACCAAAUGCAGCAGAAGGACAGGGAGAUGCAGAUGAAUGAAGCAAAAAUUGCAGAAUGUUUGCAAACUAUCUCUGACCUGGAGACUGAGUGCCUAGACCUACGCAGCAAGCUUCAGGACCUCGAGGUAGCCAACCAGACCCUGAAGGACGAAUACGAUGCCCUGCAGAUCACUUUUACUGCCUUGGAGGAGAAACUGAGGAAAACUACUGAAGAGAACCAGGAGCUGGUCACCAGGUGGAUGGCCGAGAAAGCCCAGGAAGCCAACCGCCUUAAUGCAGAGAACGAAAAGGAUUCCAGGAGACGGCAAGCCCGGCUGCAGAAAGAGCUUGCCGAAGCAGCAAAGGAACCACUACCAGUUGAACAGGAUGAUGAUAUUGAAGUCAUUGUGGAUGAGACCUCAGAGCACACAGAGGAGACCUCUCCUGUGCGAGCUAUCAGCAGAGCAGCCACUAAGCGACUCUCGCAGCCUGCUGGAGGCCUUCUGGAUUCUAUCACUAAUAUCUUUGGUCUGUCCGAGUCUCCCCUUUUGGGACAUCAUUCUUCUUCUGAUGCUGCCAGGAGACGCUCUGUCUCUUCCUUCCCAGUCCCCCAGGAUAAUGUGGAUACUCAUCCUGGUUCUAGUAAAGAUGUGAGGGUACCAACUACUGCCUUAUGUGUCUUUGACGCACACGAUGGGGAAGUUAAUGCUGUGCAGUUCAGUCCAGGUUCUCGGUUACUGGCCACAGGAGGCAUGGACCGCAGGGUUAAGUUAUGGGAAGCAUUUGGAGAUAAAUGUGAGUUCAAAGGCUCCCUAUCUGGUAGUAAUGCUGGAAUUACAAGUAUUGAAUUUGAUAGUGCUGGGGCUUACCUGUUAGCAGCUUCAAAUGAUUUUGCAAGCCGAAUCUGGACUGUGGAUGAUUAUCGAUUACGGCACACACUCACAGGACACAGUGGGAAAGUACUGUCUGCCAAGUUCCUGCUGGACAACGCACGAAUCGUCUCAGGAAGUCACGACCGGACCCUCAAACUCUGGGAUCUACGCAGCAAAGUCUGCAUAAAGACAGUGUUUGCAGGAUCCAGUUGCAAUGAUAUUGUCUGCACAGAGCAGUGCGUAAUGAGUGGACAUUUUGACAAGAAAAUUCGUUUCUGGGACAUUCGAUCAGAGAGUGUGGUUCGAGAAAUGGAGCUGUUGGGGAAGAUUACUGCCUUGGAUCUAAACCCAGAAAGGACUGAACUCCUGAGCUGUUCCCGUGAUGACCUGCUGAAAGUCAUUGAUCUGCGAACGAAUGCCAUCAAGCAGACAUUCAGUGCGCCUGGAUUCAAGUGUGGCUCUGACUGGACCAGAGUCGUCUUCAGCCCUGAUGGCAGUUAUGUGGCAGCAGGCUCAGCUGAGGGUUCUCUCUAUGUCUGGAGUGUGCUCACAGGGAAAGUGGAGAAGGUUCUUUCAAAACAGCACAGCUCCUCCAUCAACGCUGUGGCGUGGUCUCCCUCUGGAGUGCAUGUCGUCAGUGUGGACAAAAGCAGCAAAGCUGUGCUGUGGACACAGCCUUGAUGCCUUUAGGAGCGGCACAGGGACUCGCACACCCUGUCCUGUGAGCACAGGUCCUUACAGAGAAAAGAGUUCAAGCCAAGCGACACGGCAGCCUGCCUUCAGACUGGAAUCCUGAGUUUUGACUAAGCUCUAGGUGGCCUGGAAGAACCAACACGGAAACAGCCUGCCCCUGCAAGUCACCUGGCCAAGCUUCAGGCUCUUGCCUCAGUUUGGGUGGUAGACACUACUCGCUCUGAUCUUCCAUACCUCAUUGGGGAGCACAGGGUCCCCACUGGGUCUCCUCACUGGAUGACAGUGCCAAUGACACACCACAUGUCCGGGUUGGUUCCCAGCUCUGCUCUCCCUCCUUCCAGAGUCAGUUCUGCCUGCACAGCCCCUUGCUUGGAGGUCCUUUCCCAGUGGACUUGUGCUAUGCAUUGGAUUAGAGGAAACCCCAAACACAGGGCCUGGUUGUCGCGGGGCUCUCGUGAUCUUGUCUUAGUACUGCUGAAACGUGAGGUCUCUUGACUGCUCUUCAGAACUCCGACUCCCUUCCCCUCAGUUCUCCUACAUAUCUACUUGGUCAAGAAAUGAAUAUCGAUUUGGUUAAAAAUCUUUGAGAGAGGCAAGGACAUGUGCCGGCCUUUUCCAGUGUGGUGGGUUUGUGGCAGAGUUGAAGAAUGUGCUCCUGCAUCACUCUGCAAAUGCCCAGAAAGUGGGUACUUGCCACGUUCAUACUUAUGACAAAGGAUUUGGGGCCUCCGAUGUAUUUGCUCCAGAGCUGCUGCUGGUGGUUCCAGCCACUGCCCCUCUGCCGGUCCUGCAUGCACUGACCUCAGAGCUCAGUGCGGGAAGCCCCGUCCAGGGAGCAUGGCAGUGUCGUGUUCCCGUCUCGGGCUGUGGUGAAGGCUGGGGAAACAGUUACCCUUACCAUUUUACCUGUGUAAGAUUUUAGUUCUCUGUCUGGGUGUCCAGAACACCAUGUUUUUAUCACAUUUUAAUUUGCACUUUAUAAUUUUUUUUUUGUCCACACUUGUUCUCUGGACAGUUAGGGACACGAGUGCCAGAGCAGGAGGAAGGAAUGUGGCGUCUCUGCUCUGACAGGGACGUCGUCCCCAUUCUUCGUCUUUUCCCUGCUUGCAGCUUCCUUUUCAGUUUGCCAUUCAGAGAACUUGUAUUGAGGGGAGUGGAAAUUCACAGCCAGGGCACAUCUUUUAUUUAUUUAAUUAUGUAUGUGGCCCAACAGAACUUGAUUGUAAAUAAAAAAAAUUCUGUUAUAUACUU